CGCUGAGUCGCUGACUGUAUAAAUUAGUAAUAUUCAUACUUUUUUUUUAAUACUUUUUCAGAGGUGGGGUUGAGACUUUUGUUGUCUUUGCGAUUUUGAACCUUUGUUGAGGCUUUGACGCCUAAACGCCUUAGGCCUUUUAGGGGUCAGGACUAUCGCAUUGUGUGUUCAAAGAUGAGCACAGAUUGCUCCGUAACCUGGCAUUCUGAAUUUCUGAGACAAAGCUUAUCAACAAAAGGAUGGUAUUGUGUGGGACGCAUAGUAAAUUUUUCUGUAAAUAUCAAUUAUGAUAAAUCAACUAGUAUAGUUCAACUGCGAUUUUGCCGAGGCUUAGAGACCGAAGGUUUAUACAUUUUUUUAUACAAUAUAUAGUAAGAACUCAGCUAGAACUCGUCCACUUGCACCUGAUUGCGGCAAGGAUCUGACUUGUAUUAAAAUAUUGUAGAGAUGCAUCCAGCCACUCAGUGUGCGCCACUGGUAGAUAUUUCCCGCGGUAUAGAGAAAGAGCAAGGAGGACAGAAGCGUAUUGCACUCAACGAGGCGGGAGUACCCGAUAAUCAUGAGAGACUCAGGAAGCGAUCUCAGCCGCAAUAUCAGGGAGAGAAGGAAAACAAUGUGCCUAGCUGCCCAACUCCAUUUCUGUAUCGGGCAUACAUUGCACGUCCGCAGCCGGCGACAUUACUACGAGUACGACAACAACUCAGAGAAGAUCUCGAGGGGCACACUAUGCAAAUGAAGAAGCUUGGCACUCCAGGCCAUCGAUGUCCACCGCAAUCUCUACCCCAUGCUUGGAGGUUGGAUUCGGUGAACGCGAUAGACGAGAGUUCCAUCGAAGAUGACGAAUGGGAGGAAUCUGCCUUCUACGAUUACCAUGUGACGGACGCCGAUGACAUCUUGGAUGAUGAAGAUAACGCAGUUUACAUACACACCCGUUCAAAAUACCAGGCGAUAUCUCAACUGACCCACAAGGCGGAUCCGUGGCUCUGCGACUACGAUGGUAGCAGCCACUCAGUCUCAGGCAGGCUAAGUGCUGGUGCUCAGGAAACGGACGACUGCUGCGUUAACUCAGAGAUGGAAUGUGAUUGCGUGACGGUAGAUAUCCCCCGAGACUGUGCAAUCAUCGCUUGGGGUGGUGGGGAUCACAUGUACGAUCGUUUCUUUACCGCUGGCAAUGGCAAGCUCAAUAGCAAGAUUGACAAGGAUCCAUUCUCAUAUACAUAUGCAAAACAUUUGGAGAAUAUGGUAAGGUAGACCCUGCCAAGAAUAAAUAAUAGGUGAUUUGAUUG